GUCAAAGUGUAUACUUAAAAAAAUAACAGAUAGAUAUACAUAUUGGAAUAAAAUUACUUUAAUAAUUUUAUUAAUUUUUGUGUUUUUAGUUUUUUGUAAAGAGAUCUAGAAUAAUCAAUAAAAUUACAAAUAACGAUGACUCUGUAUCAUUUUGGAAACUGUCUAGCAUUAGUAUAUGCCCCUUAUCAUAUGGCUUAUAAAAUUUCUGGAAUUUCUGAGUAUGCAACAUUUUCAAAAUGUGUUUAUGCUGGAGGUUUAUAUAUUUUCACACAAUUAUGCAAAAUGCUCCUGUUAGCUACAUUCUUCCCGGACUCUGAUGUUAACCAAGUUAAUGGCGAAUACAAUGCAUUUCUGGAAAUCCUUAAAUCAACAGUAGAUUUGGCUGAUUUACUCGGACUGUACUUUGCAUUGAGUGCAAUCCCAGGAAAGGGGCAUGCAAAGAUUUUGACAGCAGCUAUAGGCUGGGCAAGUGCUGAGGUGGUGGUAACCCGCAGCAUACUGCUAUGGGUGGGCGCGAGAGGGUCCGAGUUCGACUGGCGCUACGUGCGGUCGUGCGCCGAGUCGAACGUGUCGCUGCUGCAGCACGCCGCCACCGCCGCGCUCGUGUGGCUGUGGACCCGCAGCGACCUGCCCCGCAAAUAUUCUCCUAUUGUAGUGUCUCUUCUAGCACUGUCCCCUUACAGAGGAUUAAUGGAAGAGGCAGUAGCAAGUGUUUUGUCCCUCAGUGCAUGGGCACUGCUGGCUUUACGCGCAGUUCAUGCAACUAUCGUCGGUCUUACCACUCUUGGUAUCUAUGCCGUCUUAGCUCAGCAAAUAGGUAUAUAAUUCCUCCAACAUAUUUAAUUUAUAUUUCUUAGGAUAUUGUUUUAAUUGUUUUAUUUAUCAAGUAAGUUAAUAAUAAACAGGUAUAUUGUAAAAAGGAUUAUGAAACCAUUACAAAAAUGUUUAUGUA